GGCCCGUCGACAUUGCCCGUCGACUUUCUCUACCCAACUCUCGCGUCACUUCAAACUCUAGAGACACCUGGGCCAUGUGUAACCCUAUUUUCAAUGGCAGCAAGUGAGCGCAAGUUGUCUCGAUUCUCCACAUCGAAGACUAUCCGAUCAAAUGUGGCAGAAACGGCUUCAUCGACCCUAGCGGCGCAGUUCGUCCCGCGUCUGUCCUCGCAAUGCGAUCAGACGCGUAGUCUAACCAAAGAAGCGUUCUCACAACUCCGAAACGAGCUUCUUGGAGGCCGCUACAGCAGGUUGCAACUCAAUGGCAGUAUCAUUGAUGUCGCAAAACUCCUUUGCAUUGCCCUCAAAGCUGGUCUUGAGCCAUGUAUCAAGGAUCGUUCGCUCUACAGUGAAGACCUCCAAACCCAACUCUCGGAUUGCUUGGACAUCAUUCAGACCAUCAUCGAAAAGGCACCCUUGGCUCUAGUCGCGGUUGCAGACCCGGAGAUUUUAGGGAAUGAUGAAAGUGUCCCUCUGUACUCGUGGCUGCUCGUCCGACUACUGCAAUUGGCCAGUAGCUGCGAGAUAGACAGACUUAGCGGAAAAGUCAAUAACAUCCUCUCGAGCAUAGCGAGCGUUCCGCACAAACAUGCCAGAAUCUUUCCUUCCUUCCUUCGUAUAUCUUCGUUCUUACGAGUGUGCACCAUGGACCUUCUGCGUUGUCUAGAAGCUUUCCACUUUCAGCGGCCACCCAUGGAGUAUGCGAACAGCCCGUCUGUAGUCAAGAUGAACCAGCACUUCUGUCUAGACCUUGACCAUCUUCGUCUCCCGCACGCUUCUUUCAAUAGGAGGCUCAAUUUUGGCACAUUCCUACAGAGCUUUUUCCUUUGUACUGAUAUGCUCAAGUCUAAUAUACAUGCUUGUCAUCAUUCGGACACUCCAUAUAAUCGGGAGGACAAGAUAUGGCUCCUGAAUGGCUAUCAGCGCCUCUGGGACCUGGCCAUUUUCUGGAUUCGAAAGAGGUCUCCCGCUUCGAACGAAACCAGCACCAAAAUGUGCGUCCGCGUAAUAGCCACGGCCAGGACUCUAUGCACGCUGGAGAGGCACACAGCUCCAGACUUCGAGUUGGCCUAUCUUAUCCUCCAGAAAAUGGCAGAAAUUCUGGCCACGGACGACCUGAGCAAUUUUCCGGUCGUUCAACUCGAAGUGAGCCAACUCAUCGACAUACUUGCUGACAUGCUGCUUUGUACACCGUACUCCAUUAGCAUCAGGGAAAAGUCAGUGCUGUUGAAUUAUGCAAUGACGAAAGAGAGACUUUCGUUCUUUCAAUCCCUAGAACCGCGUCUCCAGGCAUCAAUUGAACUUCUAUCGAGAAGAGCCUUGCCACCGAAACAAGAGUAUAUCACUGUGUUCGAGACCUUAGUUUCUCGCACACGGUACUCAAAGCUUGGAGCUGUUCAAGGGCAAGAGUUUCGUUUUCCUGACCCAGCAGCUGGCGAUAGCCAAGCUGGUCAAAUCUCAAAACGGCGCUGUUUCUCGCGCUCGGACUCAGAUAUGGCCGAGCGCAGUAUGUCACAAAGGCUCCUGUCUAAAGUAUUCGAGCUGCUCUGUGAUGGGGGCUCCGGCGAUUUGAAGGACCUUCUACCUGCCGUGUCAGAUUUUUUUGGUGUGAUCGCAGAGCGAAGAAAAUGCGAGGUGUUGCACACUCUAGGACUUCUACCCUGUGCCAUCGCUGGAAGUUUGACAAACCUUGAUGGGGCGUUAUCAAAAGACACGGCACACUGCCACCUUUGCGACGACGAUCGUAGAGAUAGCAGACUCGAGCCAGGCCAGAAAUGGCUCAGUGCGGAUGGACUGUGUGAGAUCUUUGUUUCCAUAUUACCUACGCUCUCCCGCACUGCAACAUCGAGAAUAACUGCAAUCUCUGCUUUACGUAGGGUCAUUAUGCACGCUCCAGAGUGCGGCUACAUGAGGCUUGCGACCUCGGUCUUCGGAGACUUCUAUCUACAAUCCAUGAAGAGCUCUGUAAGAGAGCUACGGAUAAUGGCCGGAUGCUCGGUUACGUCAUUUGUUCAGAUGAGACUGGAUCGCGAUAUCAGACAUGACAAUUUCAUCAGAAUCUUGGAUUGGUUGCGCGGUAUCUCAGACAAGAAGGACAUGUGUUUUCAUGAAACUUGCAUCUUGACACUCUGUCGGCUUGCAGAGCUCUCUUGUGACGAAGAGAUGAACAUCAUUCUGCUGCGCCUUGUUGAAUAUUUAGGCCACUCGAAUCCAUUCGUCUGCUCGGUUGCCUACACAGAACUCUCCAGGCUGGCACAGCGUUUUUCAGUCACUCCUGCUGGCUUGUUCAGGCCCUUCUGGAGAACUUUGUCCGUGGCUGUAGUCAAGAACUUCCAGUCCCGCCCUUACAUGGCAGAGCAACUGUGUGAUCUCCUAGGGAUGAAAGUGGAUGAUUUUUUGAGGUUGACUGAGGUUCAUGUUCUCCCUUACCUCGUAUUCACACACAAACGAGAAAUUAUCGCCAGAGUAGGCGCCACGUAUAAAGAGAUCAAGACCCCGUUCGACGUAUGCUCAGAGAAGAACAACCUCGCCGCCAUACUUGCGUUCUUGUUGAGCCAGCCAUCCUCAAAUCCGGAAGACAGUAUAAUGUCUACUCUGUCAACAGUUGAUCUCGCAUUUAGAAAACGCACUCUAGCCGAACUCUUGAGGAUUGAGCCGAUCCUGAUCGCAUGCGAUCUUCUCAAGAACCUAGGAGACUCAAGUGCUAAGAAAGGGGCAAGAUUCCACCAAGCGCUACAGCUCCUUGCUACCCUUGUUCCACGAAAAUCUAUCAAUGCACAGAAACGAGGCAACUUGAUAGGUCACUUCAUCGAAGAGCACGUCCUUGGCAUCAUCACACAAUUCGCCAAUGCCAUCAAUGACUUUCAGGUCAGACAAUCACUAAUGGAAAAGAGAAGAAAUCUUGCAGCUAUUGGAGAGAUGAUUAAGAUUGCUCAAGGUCAUGUCAGUAGUGCUUUACCGCAGAUAUGUGCGUGCUUACGAUCCGCAUUUGAAAUUGAGGAAUUGUGUAAUCAUGCUUUCAAGGUCUGGGGAAUCUUGAUCAGCACGCUUCAGGAAGAAGAGGUCGAGCCUCUCGUCGAUCAGACAAUGUCUACCGUAUUAAAGUACUGGGACAUGUUCACCGAAGAAACACAAAACCAUGCCUAUGACUUGGUUGCUUAUAUUCUACGGCAGCACGGUGAUAUGGUACGCGACAUCUUUAACACCAUGUCGUCUCUCUCGUCGAUCCCCAAACUAGCCAACCUUAAGGUAGAGAUCAAUGGGCUGAGAGGAAAAUUGGACGUUCGGAGCAAAUUUUUAGCAUUUGUUCGUCGCAGCCAAAGUGAGAAUGCGGUGGUCAUCGAGCAAACUCUGGAGGAGCUGGUUCCCUUCCUUUCUGAGAACGAGGAAUUUGUCCAUGCCUCGGUGCUUAGUGAACAACCAGAUCCGGUUGUUUCACAGCUAGCACGGGCUUUGCUUGACUGCUGCGUCAAAUUCAACACGAGCUCUGAAACCAUAACUCUCCUUUCGGCUCAGUGCCUGGGUCGCAUUGGUUGCCUUGAUCCGAAUCGCGUGGACACGGUCAAGGAGAAGAAAGAUAUACUAGUCCUGUCGAAUUUUGACAGCAUGGAGGAGACCUUUGAUUUUAUUCUCUUCUUCCUCCAGCAUAUCCUCGUGGAAGCGUUUCUGUCGGCUUCUAACACUAGAGCUCAAGGAUUCCUUGCAUACGCCAUGCAAAACAUGCUCAGAUUUUGUAAUCUUGAUUCGGCCGUCAUAAGCCGGUCUCGCGAUGUUCAAGGUGAAGAAAAGUAUCGACGCUGGAUGCAACUGCCUGAAGCUGUUCGCAAUACUUUGACUCCAUUCCUCACAUCUAAGUACACAGUUACGAUCGGCGCCAUCAACACUAACUGCAUUUACCCCCUCUUCUCUCUAAAGUUGACGCAUGGCAGCUGGCUAAGAAGCUUUGUGCAAGAUCUCUUACGGAAUGGGAACGGCGAUAAUGCACGGCUCGUAUUCAGCGUCUGUAGCCGUGUUGUCAAAGGACAGGAUAUUUCCAUAGCGUCAUUUCUCCUGCCGUUUGCGGUUCUCAAUCGCAUCGUUGGAGGGACCGAAAGAGAGAAGCAGGACUUGCAAUGCGAACUGAUACACAUCUUAUCCUAUCCUCUCUCGGAUUCGAACAGUCGUGGUCACGAGAACAUACUAUUAUGCAGUCAGAGUAUUUUUGAGGUCCUGGACUAUCUUUCAAGGUGGUUACAAGGAAAGAAGAAACAACUCAAUAGUCUAAGGCAUCACAGCCAUCACGCAAGUCGCAGCCACAAGGAACUGUCUCGCGAUAUGCUCUUGAUUACAUAUACCUCGCAGGUGAAAGCUGUGGAAGCUUUACUGGGAUCCAUACCUCCAGAGAUUAUCUCAAGAAGAGCAGUCGAGUGCAAGUCAUUUUCACGGGCCCUUUUUCAUUGGGAGCAGUACAUUCGUCAGUCCAAAGGUCAAGCUGGAAUGCAGCAGCAAUCCAGUACCGAGUCUCUCUAUCAGCGUCUACAGGACAUCUACAGCCAGAUUGAUGAACCAGACGGCAUCGAAGGCAUCUCGACAAACCUUCAUGCGCUGAACAUCGAUGAGCAAGUUCUUGAACAUCGCAAGGCAGGAAGGUGGGCUACCGCGCAAAGCUGGUAUGAGCUACAGGUACAGAAGGAUCCUGAUAACGGCGAGGCGCAAUGGAACUUGCUUACUUGCCUGAAGGAAUCAGGACAGCAAGAUGCCAUUCUCACCAGGUUUGAUGUUCUCACAAGUACAGUUUUAAAGAGUAAAUUCCUUCCUUUCGCGGUUGAAGCAUGUUGGAUCACUGGGAACUGGGAUAGGCUCCAUAAAUAUCUUCAAUUCAGCUCGGGACAGGACAUAUCGGAGUUCGAUAUUGGGGUUGCGCUCGCUUUUGACGCUUUGCGUUGUGGCGACGAAGCAAGAUACAGGCAACUCAUCAACGGUUUGCGGCUUAACGUUGCAAAGUCACUAACAGCCAACUCUGUGACAUCGUUGCAAUCAUGCCAUAACAGUAUACUCAGGUUGCACGCAUUGUGCGAGAUCGAAUUCAUAGUCGAUGUGGGACAUGAAACUUGCAUCGAGCAAAGGUCACGAUCGGAGGUUCUCACUAUCUUGAACCGCCGUCUAGACGUUUUAGGAGGGUAUAUCUCCGACAAACAAUACCUCCUCGGUCUUAGGAGGGCAAUAAUGGAAUUGACGGAAAAAUUCACCGAUUCCGAAAUAGCAGCUGCUUGGCUGGCUAGUGCACGUCUUUUGCGGAAAGGAAAUUACACUAAUCAGGCAUAUCAGUCUAUGCUUCACGCUGCCCGCUUGAAAGACAAAACAGCCACUAUCGAGCACGCCCGGCUUCUCUGGAAAGACGGCCACCAUCGGAAGGCGAUACAGACUCUCGAAGGUGCAAUCAUCGCUAGUGAAUUCUCUCCUCCGCCAGAAGACUCCACUUCGGUGUCCGCACUACGUGGAAAACACCAGAAUGUUCUUGGGGCUAGGGCCCAUUUACUCCUAGCAAAAUGGACGGAUCGAGCCGGUCAAACCCAAUCGGAUGUUAUUGUUCAAAGGUUCAGAGAAGCUAUAAAGCUUCAGCCAAGAUGGGAGAAAGCGCACUAUUAUCUGGGAAAGCAUUACAAUAAGAUAUUAGAUUCUGAAAAGGCAAAACCGCUAGGGAAAGAGGCACAGACCUAUCUGACCGGCGAAGUCUCGAAGCUUGUUGUUGACAAUUAUCUACGGUCAUUGGCAUAUGGAAACAAAUAUGUUUUCCAGUCACUACCCAAGGUGCUGACGCUUUGGUUGGAACACGCCUCUAUCGUUGAACAGCCCUUUGACCCUAAGCGAGGAGACAAUGAGGAGUUCCAAAAGCAUACCCUACAGCAACGAAAGAAAAGCCUUGAAGACAUGCAUGCGCAGCUGAAGAAAUACAUUCAUCGAGUCCCGGCUGCGUUGCUCUUCACGAUUCUUCCUCAAGUGCUAGCUCGUAUCUGUCAUCCAAACACGACAGUAUAUGACCUCUUGACGAAGAUCGUGGCCAAAGCUGUGAACUCUUUUCCUCAGCAGGGCCUAUGGACGGUCCUUGCCGUGGUUAAGUCGUCUUCCAAAGAUAGAGCCUCAAGAGGCAUCAGUAGUCUUCAAAGAAUCACAGACAUGAACAAGAAAUCGAAAGCAGAAUCAUCUGUAUCUGACAUGCGUGCGAUGAUCAAUCAAGGGCAGAAAUUCUCCGAUGAAAUGCUAAGGCUAUGCAUAGCACGCAUUGAGGAGAAGGUAUCGAGGGUGAAUCUUAGAGCUUUGGGCUUCAACCACAAAGUGGCUCCUUGCCGGCUCGUCGUACCUUUCCAGGCAAUGCUAACGCCGAGUCUACCGGCAAGUCAUGAUUCGGAUUACUUAAAAAGCUUCAGAGCCUUUCCCAAGGAUUCGAUUACGAUUGAAGCUGUCCUCGAUGACGCUCAAAUACUCAAUUCACUCCAGAAACCACGCCGUAUCAGUAUUCGAGGGUCGGAUGGAAGGAUUUAUAACAUCUUAUGCAAGCCCAAGGAUGACCUGCGUAAGGAUCAACGUCUCAUGGAGUUCAAUAAUAUGAUCAAUAGAUUUUUGAAGAGAGACGUGGAGUCAAGCAAGCGUCGGAUGUACAUCAAGACCUAUGCUGUUACUCCACUGAAUGAAGAAUGUGGACUUAUAGAGUGGGUGGAUAAUCUGCGGACAUUGAGGGAACUUGUUAUCAAGCUUUUGAAGGAGAGAGGUAUUUCGCCAAAUUACAAUGAGAUCAGGCAGAAUCUUAAUGAAGCCUGCUCGGACACCUCGAAACUUCAUUUGUUCAAGAGCAGAGUUCUUGCUAAGUUCCCCCCGGUGCUCUAUGAAUGGUUCGUCGAAAUGUUCCCUGAAAGAGAGGCAUGGUUUGCAGCUAGGGUUCGUUAUACCCGCUCUUGCGCUGUGAUGUCAAUGGUUGGUUAUGUCUUAGGGCUCGGUGACCGUCAUGGGGAGAACAUCCUUUUCGAGGAAGGAACAGGUGGCGUUCUACAUGUUGACUUCAAUUGCCUCUUUGACAAGGGCUUGACUUUUGACAAACCUGAGCUGGUUCCUUUCCGUUUAACGCAAAACAUGGUGGAUGCAUUUGGUGCCUACGGAUACAAUGGCCCUUACCGCAAAACAUGUGAGAUAAGCUUGGGAUUGCUGCGCCACAAUGAAGAUGCACUCAUGACUGUCCUUGAGACUUUCUUGCACGAUCCGACCACAGAUUUCAUAGGGAAAAAGCGCCGCGCACACGCAAAUGUGCCUGAUACACCGACCGGGGUACUAGAAAAUGUUCGGACCAAACUUCGCGGUCUCCUGCCUGGCGAAUCUGUCCCACUUUCCGUGGAUGGCCACGUCGAUGCACUGAUUGUGCAAGCAACCAAUGAACGAAACCUAGCAGCUAUGUAUAUUGGGUGGUGCUCUUUUUUCUGAAUCGCAAGAAAUCCGACCUCUCAUUUGUUAUACUAUGUGUACCUCAAUGGCUCAUUCUGUAGAUACAUGGAUCCAUGGAGCCAAGGGGCAAUCAACAUGGGACGCAGUGUCCAGGUUU